AUGUCUGAUCAAAUCAUUGUUCCAAAUAAAUACAGUGAAUUGAUAAGUAAUUAUAAAAAUUACAUUGAUACAUUUACUGCAUUGUAUCAGCUAAAAACGGAAAAUAAAGAAGAAUUAAACUCGAUUUUCAAAUUGAUCAAAACAAAUUUGAUUGAUUCAAAGAUCUAUCUUCCUCAAAACAUUGUAAAAACCAUUUUAGAUAUUAUUCCGUUUAAUAACCGCUAUACAAAGUCAUACUUGGAUCUUGUGAAAAUCAUUUCAGAGGAUUAUCAUAUAGAAGAGUUAACAAAUAUUCCAAAUUUUUAUGUCUUCCUCAUUUAUAAAGGAUACGGAUCUGAUUAUGAAAGUUCAAAAGAUUUGGAAAAAAUGAAUAUAAAAAUCUCAAAUAUUCAUGCAGAAAAUACAAUUUACAGAGCUAUUAUGGAUGACGACAUAGAAAGAUUCAUUGCAUUCACGGUACGUGAUGGAUUUAAUAAAGAUCAAGUGCUCAAUAGCAAUCUAUUUCCUCCAAGUGCGGUUACUAAAUAUUCAUUACUUGAAUUAUGUUGUUACUAUAGAUCAGUUAGAUUUUUCAAGUUAUUAAGAACUAAAUUUAACUCAGAAAUAACUCCAACAUGCUUAAAAUUUUCAUUUUUAGGAGGAAAUCCAGAAAUAAUGAGUGAAUGUUUGAAAUGCUAA